ACGCUGACAACAUCUCCUAGGCAACCAGCUCUCCGUCUCUCGUUCUAUUUCACACUCUCACAGUCUCUUCCUCUCAUUGACUCUCUCCUUCCAGAGCUCAGCAAGUCACCGCCAAUCCUUCCCCAUCAAAGCACACACAUACACUCGACUCCUGGCUGAUUUCGCCAUCCCAGCCAGACAUGGUGAAGCCUGGAUGUAAUCUCUCUGAGAAGGCAGAGAAAGAGCACGGUGUAGAUGAUGGGUUUGAUAACAUCCCUCUGAUAACCCCUCUGGAUGUUAAUCAGCUUCAGCAGCCUAUCCCUGAAAAGGUCGUGGUGAAGACCAGGACAGAAUAUCAGCUGCAACAGAAGAAGAAGAAAAAGCUACACAUCCCUGGAAUUAAGAAACUCAACAUUAACCUUUAUGAUGAAGUCUCGGAAAAAGUCAAGCUCACUGGAUUGAUUCUCAUUACAAUGGCAUUCCUGGCUUGCCUGUUAAUGCUGGUCAUGUACAAGGCAUUCUGGUAUGAUCAGCUAAGCUGCCCAGAGGGUUUUGUAUUUAAGCAUAAGCACUGUACUCCUGCAGCUCUGGAGAUGUAUUACUCGGAGCAGGAAGCUGGUUCUCGUGGAAGCCUCUACACGGUUAUUAGCCACUUAAGCCAGGCUAAGAGAACCAUUCCUGAUCUGUCAUCACCAUGGCUACCAGUGCUUCCUGCCUUGAAAGGACCAGCAAAAUCAAAAGAGGAACCUAACAGCUCCCAUCAAUAGAAGAUUAAAGAAGGAAGACAAAUUCAUCUCAUUGUUCAUUGAAGUUCUGAAGUACUCAAGCAUUACAUGAUCCUCUUUACAAAGAAAAGUUCUUACUUUUAAGGAUGUGUAUGUGUGUGCGGGAUAUCUGUGUGAGAGAGUGUGUGUAUGUGUGUGUGCAUAUAUGUAUGUAUGUGUGCGUGUCUACGUCCAUGUGUGUGUAUCUGUGAAUGUGUGUGCAAACCACAAUCCCUUCGUUUGACAUAUUUAAGUUUGAUUAGUUGGGUUGAGCCAGUGUUGGGGUGAAAAUGGAGGCUAAUUGAGUCUGCCCUAAAAACAAAUCCAAACUGGCUCCAAAAGGUAAGAUAACGGAAGCAGAAAAGUAUUUUCAUGGAGUUUAGGCUUGAGGCACCAGUUUUAAGACAAGGCCUCCCAGAUAUGAAUCAUGGAAUCAUAUAAAUGUAAGAUGGCCGUUUCGGCCUCGUGUCUUUGAAAUGUGCACAGAUAUUUCUGAGCUGUGUUGCAAUUAUUUCAUUCCACCUAAUUCAAAUUUACAAGUAUUAUCAUCUUAAUCUUCCCAUGACCCCAAAUUUUGUUAUUCAUUAUUAGCAUCAAAAUUCAAUAGCAAAAGGCUGUUAACAAUACUAAAAGCACCCAAAAUCAAUAACCUUAGUGAUAAACCCAGGUUUUAUAACUGGGAAAACAAGGUGAUCUCCAAAUCGAACCUGGAGAGAGUGAGGAUUGCAGAUGCUGGAGAUCAGAGUCCACACUUUUUGACUCCAAAUUGGAGCCCGAGGUUUGUAAUAAUUAUUGAAUUUGGUUUUACAAAAUCCAUACCCCCUCUUUCUGCUCUUUCAAAUACAAAUGGUCCCAUUUGGGAGCUUUCUUUAAAGCUGUCAAACUAUGGGAUGGUUAAAAUAACUUGCCUGAAUAGCAAAUGGAUUGAACCCAAGAUUACUGCUGCUGGUAACAAUGCUUUGCUCCUCUCCUUUAUUGAGAUGAUUAAUGUUAUUUGCUUUUUAAUUCUAGUUUCCCUUCAAAUAAGC